AUGGACGCGUCUGCCGUCAAGUCGACAGCUGCAAAUGAAAAACCUGCGAGCAUGACGACGGAAAACGGACCUGUGCUAGUGGCGAAAAAGACGCGUCACCGCAAGAAGAAGAAGAGACAUGGAGCUGCUGCAGCUGCUGCUGCUGGACCUGAGGCCACGGGGUCGUCCAGUCUGGAAAAAGUACUGGCGGAGACUGCAUCGGGCCCAUUGCACAGUGUAAAUGGCUCAACAUCCGCUGCCCCUCGCUCGUUCUCGCCCUGCAGUGGCAGCAGCAUUGAGAAGUUCAGCAGUGGAGAUGAUGAGGAAGGAAGAAAAGAUGAAGUCGAAGAUGUUGAAGAGGACGAGUACUCGUCAGAGAGCGAGGACGAAGGGGAAAGUGGGUACAAACCGGGUGGCUACCACCGCGUCGAGGUCGGUGAAGUGUACAACUCGAGAUUUCAAGUGCUGGAGAAGCUUGGCUGGGGCCAUUUCUCGACGGUGUGGAAGUGUGUGGACCGACAGACGGGAGCGACUGUGGCGUUGAAGGUGCAGAAGAGUGCGCGCCAUUACACGGAUGCUGCGAGAGAUGAGAUUGAAUUGCUGGAAUGCACGGUCCGUGCGGCAAAAGCGACCCAAACUGAGUCGACAAUCGGACAGCAGGAGGUGAUCAAGGUGGUUUGCUUGAUCGACUCAUUUGAACACAAGGGGCCGAAUGGUUUGCAUGUGUGCAUGGUGUUUGAGAUGAUGGGGGACAACCUACUGACUCUUAUCAAGUACUAUAACUACCGGGGUGUGCCGUUGCAGCUAGUGCGGCGUCUUACGAGAGAUAUGAUGGAAGGUCUAGCUUUCUUGCACGGCAAGUGCGAGAUCAUUCAUACUGACCUAAAGCCUGAGAACGUGUUGCUCACGCAUCAUAUUCCGCAGCUCCCGAAAAUUCGCAAGUCGCAGUGGGAUGAGUUCCGUGCGACGCGACUUGCACGGUAUGGAAAGAGUGCAGACAUGUUCCGAAAUGAAGAUAAAUCGACUGGCAAGGUUUCCAACAGGACCGUUGCAUCAGCUGCGAGUAGCGCUGAAGUGUCGAAAGAAGAGAAAAAGCGUCUAAAGAACCGGUUGAAAAAGAAAAGGCAAAAGCAGCGAAAGCAGUGUGGGAAGAAUGAACGGGGACCUUCUACGGAUGCUGAUACUGCAGGCAACAAAAUGGGUAGCACUGCGCGCCCCAGUCUAUCUCCUAGUGAUGCCUCUGUCGAUAGCUUGAGAAGCAGUUUGUCGCAACUCGCGUUCUCUGCUAGUAUUGACAACACUUCGCCAACUGAUGAAACCUUCAAGUCCAAUUUUGCGGGGCAUGCGGUUGACUGCAUUUCUGACUCGACCAAUGUAACUCGAGUAUGGUGCCGCCAGGUGGGACAGCUUGGCGACGAAGAAGAACGAGAUUGGGUACACAUGCCUCCAGAAUUUGCGGCACGAGCAAUGCUGCUGCUCCCUGAGGGCCGUGUGGCUGGUUCUAAGCGAAAGGAGCGUGAAUUUACAAUAGCCUUGGCUGCAGAGUCAACACAAUCGCCAAAUGAAUGCGCAAGCGAUCAUGGAAAGGAUGAUGAGGUUCUGGAGACAUCGUUCGUUUUGAGAUAUCUAGACCACGUGGAUGACGAUGUGAUAAAAUCGAUUCGAGGGCAGGUUUUGGGUCUGUGUGGGCGCAGUGUGUCGCCGAAAAGUGUUUCGACAACCGGAGUGACGUACCGUGUGUGGCGACUCGAGUUCGACGCAAGAUAUACGCACGCUGUGUUAUACUUUCUGGAACGUCGUAUUGAGGGUCUCCGUUUCUUGAAUCUAGCGCCUUCUUCUGGUUUCGCGCUUCCUGGUUUCUUUUUACCCAAACCACUUGGCGACCAGGACGUCAAGCGCGUGGUGGAAGACGAGGACACUGGCCAUUGCGAUUCUGCUGCCGACGUCAUUAUACAAGGAAUCAACCUUGCUUCGUUGGCAGGCUCGUUCGAAAACGUUUUGGAGAUAGUGCCGCUUCGACAACGACUGGGUCGCUGGGCCUUGCGUUUGAACAAUAUCGCGCAUGGUGAACUGUUUGACGUGAUGAAACUCGAUGCUAAGAUCUGCGACUUGGGCAAUGCGUGUUGGACCACAAAACACUUUACGGACGACAUCCAGACGCGUCAGUACCGUUGCCCCGAGGUGAUCCUUGGCAAACGUUACGAUACUUCAGCAGACAUUUGGUCCAUGGCGUGCUUCGUGUUUGAGCUACUGACGGGAGACUUGCUUUUUGAUCCAAAAAACGGCCGCAGUUUCAAUCGCGACGAGGAUCACUUGGCACAAAUGAUGGAACUGCUCGGUCGCAUGCCAAAGUCCUUCACCGGCUCUCGGCAGAGUUCGCGUGACUUUUUCAAUCGUAAGGGGGAUCUGAAACGAAUUCGCAACCUCAAGUACUGGAGCCUGCAGCAAGUGCUUAUUGAGAAAUAUCACUUCUCGCGUGUUGAUGCAGAAUGUCUGGCUUCAUUCCUGAGUCCCAUGCUGCGCUACGAGCCGUCAAAGCGUGCUACAGCAAGCGAAUGUCUUGCACACCCAUGGCUUACCCAUGUCGACGACGUUGUGGGCAAAAACGAAUGA